UUCGGCUGCUUUAAAAAAUCACAUAUUAACAAAAUAAAAAACUUUCAAUACUCGUAGCUAAACGAAAAACAUGUUAGCAUUAACGAUAGUUUAUAUAUUUUUGACUUCUGCAGUGGCAUUAAGUCAAGCCUUUUCUCCAGUAGGUGUCAAUGUAAGUUCAACUCAAAUUUCUUCAAUGGCUGCCAAACAUUUCUAUGCAACAUUGCUGAAGGAUAUUCAAAAGGAGCAAACAUUCGAUGCCAUUCUGCUAUUGCAUCAGCAACUAAGUCCUCCGGAAACCCUAAUACAGGCCAUACAACAACUGCAAAUUCCUCAAGUGAUUUUAAGCAAAAGACUCAACAAUUUCGUUUGGAAGAAAAUAUACAACUCAGAAAUUUUGGCCAUAUUGCUUAUGCAGUCUUUGGUUGAUAAUGAGCUUAUGAAGAUUUUUGCUGAUAUUUUAAAUUAUAUACGCCAAACGAGAAUACUCCAUAUUGCCCAGGAAGUCAACACUCAAGAGGAAUAUCAGCAAACCUUUUUAUUAUGCUGCAAAAAUUACAACAUGACAAAUGUUGUGCUGCAAUUUGUGUUGCCCCAGCAGAACUUCUUGACAAGCAGUUUCCAUUUUCUCAAACCCUAUCCCAUAUACCACUGGGAUACACAGCAGCUUGAAGUUAAUCAAAGCAUAUCCCCUUAUUUCUAUCAACAUUGGAAAAAUUUGCAAAACAAAACACUGCUGACAUAUGUGGAUAGUCAUCAUAUGAAAUCCCUGUAUUUCAAAGAUGGACAAGGCAACUUGAAGCUCAAUGGCUAUGUGGCUCGUUUUGUUAUGCUUUUCGCUGAGCGUUUUAAUGCCUCCUUGCAGAUGGCCUAUCCUUUGAGCCUUAGCAAUCCGAAACAUUAUUCGGCCAUACGAAAGGAAAUGGUCAACAACAAUCUCUUGGAUAUACCCAUGAUCUUGGAUACCUCAGCUAACGGUGAAGAAUGGCUUGACUGGACCGAUGUCUAUGAAUAUGAUCAGGGUUUGCUUAUGGUGCCGUGUGCCCAAACUCUUACCACUCGUGAGAUAUAUGCCAUACUACUGAAUGAGUAUUUCCUGGGAUGCAUCUUGGCCAGCAUUAUUGUGCUAUCUUUGGCCCACGCCCUAAUUGAUUACACUUUUGAUGGGCUGCUGCAGCCAACACGCAUUCUCUUCAGUGACCGAAUUUGUCCCGCAAUUUUGGGUCAACCCUAUGCCGCACGCCUUAGCCACAGUCGCAGCCUCAAGAUUCUCUAUAUGCUUCUAUUCAUUGUGGGUCUCAAAAUCAGUUCACAAUUUUCGGCAAAAGUCAAUACCCUUCUUACACAUCCUCCCUAUCAUCGGCAAAUUGAAAACUUUGAGGAUGUGUUGAAAUCACCUACGAAAAUUCUCUUCUUUGAGGCAGAAGCUGAAAUCAUGUCAAACUUCAUGGGCAACUACAAAAGUUCGGUGAUCACAACCAACAACUACAACUACAUGAAGGAUUUGCAGCUGCAUCUCAACACCAGCUACAGUUACUACACCUCAUCGGGUCUUUGGGAGAUACUGAUGAAGCAACAGGAAUUCUAUACCCACAAAGCAUUCUGCACCUAUGAAAACCUGACUAUCUUCACAGAUCAACCCUGGGCCAUACCGCUGCAGCAGAACUCACCCUAUAAAGAGGGCUUGAAUUAUUUAAUCUCUCAGGUUCACAAUUUGGGUAUAAUGGAAUCCUGGGUCUCAGACACAUUUUCCGAUAUGCUGAAGCUGAAAAUAAUGUCUCUACGUGAUCCCCAUGUGGAUAAGGGGCCCAAGCCACUAACUGUGUAUGACUUAUUUUGGACUUGGAUAAUUGUCGCAAUUGGUUUGCUUGCAAGCUGCUUGGCAUUUUUCCUGGAGAUGUUCGUUUGGAGUUGUAUUCAGCGCUUAAGGUUAGGAAAAAAACGGAGUUGAGUUGACUUUUCCCAAACGACAAAAGGAGUUGCUAGGCAUCGAGAGGAUUGUGUUGAAUAAAAAUUAUUUCAAAUCCAAUUGACCGAAAUGUAUAGCCAUCGAAAUGUAUUAGAACAAGUAAAAAACAUGCUUGG